AUGACCAACGACAUUGCUACUGAAUGUCCCCAAGAGGAUACAGCAAUCAGAUACAACAACAAGCAUAUAAACGAAGAGAGAGGACCCUGUCCACAUGCCUUUGACCAUGUGCUUUUCUAUGUGUCUUCGCCUAGAGUGGUAGCUCAGUAUCUGGUUUGUCUCUUUGGUUUCCACAUAUAUGCCUAUAAAGGUUUGGAAACAGGAUCAAGAGAGGUAUCGGCAACGGCAGUUAAGAACGGGACGGCAAUCCUAGUCUUCAUGGGUGCAGUAAGACCAUUACAUUGGGAACCCCUUUUGCCAUCCAUAGACUCCAUCCAUCAGCACAUUGCAGAGCAUGGCGAUUCUGUUAAGGACGUUGCCUUUCAAUGUAGCGAUUUGGAGUCUCUUGUAUUAAGAAUAAAGUCAAAGAGGGCAGAGCAACUACUAAUCAGUGAUGAGCCUGUAGUUGUUAAAGAUGAGUAUGGAACUAUCAAGCUCAUCACCAUAAGAGGUGUUCAAGAUACAGUACAUACACUUGUUGAUCGGUCUGAUUAUAGGGGGUUUCUACCAGGGUUUAGAUUAGUGGAACAAUUACGGCCUCAAGGUAAUGUGCAUGAGAACUUAAUUGUUGAAAUCGACCACUGUGUACAGAAUGAAGAUUGGAAUCAAAUGUAUAAUGUAUGCCAAUUCUAUAAAGACUAUUUGGAUUUCCAUGUCUUCUGGUGUGUUGAUGAGCGGCAAGUUCAUACUGAAUAUUCAGCAUUAAAAUCCACCGUUAUGGCGUCCAAGAAUGAAAUUAUUAAAAUGCCCAUCAAUGAACCAGCAAUUGGUCGACGGAAAUCCCAAAUUGAGGAGUUUGUAGAAUUUCACAAUGGUCCAGGUGUUCAACAUAUUGCCCUAAAAACCAAUGACAUGAUUGAGACUAUCGGGUAUAUGAGAACCCACGGUGUUGAAUUUAUUGAUGUUCCAGACAAAUACUAUGAAAAUUUGAAGAAAAGGUUAGCGCUUGAGAAACAUCCAAUAUUAAAGGAGCCUCUAGAAGUUUUAAAGAAACAUGGUAUUUUGGUUGAUUUUGACGAAAAGGGUUAUCUUUUACAACUAUUUACAAAGAGCAUCUUCGAAAGACCGACUUUUUUCUUUGAGAUUAUUCAAAGGUACAAUCACAAUGGAUUUGGGGCAGGAAAUUUCAAAGGUUUAUUCGAAGUCAUGGAGAAAGACCAAGAAAAGAGAGGGAACUUGACAAAACAAGAAAUUUCCAAAGGAAAGGUUUUAAAGUAA